CUCACCUAUGACAUAUAUAAAAGGAUAAAAGGUACACAGAGGUUCAUAUCUCCACUACAGGAUCAGCACUGGCUCAAAAGAUGGACAGGUCCUCCCUUGUGGUCCUCUGUGUUCUGCUCUCUUGCUCUGUGUGGAUGGUUCAGGGCAAAUGUGUGGCAAUCGAUGACCAACAAAACCAGAACAAGGCGGAAGUCUCUGAGACAAAGCUCCCAGGAGUGUGCUGGGCUUGUAAAUGGGCUUUGAACAACGUCAAAAAAAUUAUUGGGAACAAUGCCACAGCUGAAUCGAUUAAGGCCAAACUGCUGGCUGUCUGUAAAAACAUCGGUCUCCUCAAAUCCUUGUGCCAGAAGUUUGUGAACAAGCACCUCGGGGUGCUCAUCGAGGAACUGACCACCACCGAUGAUGUCCGGACCAUCUGUGUCCGCACCAAGGCUUGCAAGCCAAAGGAAGUGCUCUACUACAACAGCCCAGCAGAAAUUUUCAGUGGUGAUGACGUGGAUGAGUAAUAUACCACAGUAAAAUAUUUCUAUGUGGGGUAUAUGUGGAUUUGUUUUUGUUACAAUAUGCAUUCAUUAUCAUCCAAAAAAUAAAUAAAUAAAAGGCUGUACUAAGACUAUA